AUGAGCGCAAUGUUGAGAGCAGUUUACCACAUUUUGGCUUUCAGCUGGUAUGCAUUUGUCAUUCAGUCCCUCGCUGCCAAGGAUGGAGAAAAACUACCACCUGGAAUAUUUGUUUAUGGUGGGCCAUGGAAGUACCUUACUUUCUUAAAUUUGAUAUUACAGAUGGUGUUCUUUGGGUUAGCUACUAUAAGUGACCUUCAGCCUGGAAAAAAGUCUGCUGCGCGCAAUGGUCUUACCAGAUGUAAAGACCUCCUCUUCUCUGUCUUUGCCUUCCCUGUAGGCAUGUUUGUAGUGCUUGUUUUCUGGGUGAUCUUUGCCUAUGACAGGCAGCUGGUCUACCCAGCCUCAUUGGAUGCUUUUUUCCCUCCCUGGAUGAACCAUGCUAUGCACUCAUUUGUUCUGCCGAUUCUUCUUGGAGAGAUACUGGUACAACCCCACACAUACCCAAAGACUAAAAAUGGCUUAGCUGCAUUGGGAAUUGUGGGUGUGGCUUACUUGAGCUGGGUGAUAUGGGUGUACUUGUCAGUUGGGAUUUGGGUGUACCCUCUUCUUGGACUCUUUAGCACAACUGGUAUUGCAGGUCUCUUCUUCUUCAACAUGUGUGUAGUAACACUCUUCUAUCUGCUGGGACAAACAGUGAACAGCAGAGUCUGGGGUAAAGAUAAGAUGAUGCUUAAGACAACAUGAACAUUUUCACCGUUUAAUCUUUUUCAGUAAAUGAAAAAUGCAAAAUGUAAUGUAAAAAUGUAAAUGCAAACAUGGGGAAAAGGCUUGUUCAGAGUUUGAUGAUCUUGGGUGUUUUGUCUUGGGAGGGUCCUUGUACAAAACCAUUUGCUGAGAACUACUGUACACUGAAUGCAUUUUAUCUCGAUCUCAAUCUUAUAGUAAUCAUGUAAAUUUAUU